AGAGGAAUGGCUUUUGUCGUAUCAGCAAUGACUCAUCAGUUGUCAGACCCUGUUGUUCUUGCCUUAUUGGCAUUUCAUCAAACACUUUCCUAACAAUGUUUAUUUUCCCCGUCGACCAAAAACAAACAAGGGAAAAAAAAGACAAAGAUAAAACCUUCCUAAAAAAUUAGAGAGUUAAAGCCACAAUCUUCCACGCGCUUUAAAACGAAGUUUAAACUACGUACCAACCACUAGAUCCACUUAUUGUGCGAAUUUUUAUCAGGCCGGCGCCUUAAGGAAGCGCGUGGAAAUUCCUCGCGUCCCCCUGAAUGUUUGUUUUUGUUGACCUAAUCGGCUGCGAACGAGAGCUCACUCUCUUAUCGUGAAGCGCUAUGACCUUCUAUGAUAACUGCAUAAAUCAACCAUGUCCUUCCUCUUGAUCUCCCCCUCGACUCGGAUCACGAAUCGUUUGACUCGUUUAGCGUUUUCCAUCUGUAGAAUACCCCUCCGCGUCUUGACUCAGUAACUCGAAAUAAAAGAUGGAGCCGAUGGAUAUCGUAGGGAAGUCGAAGGAGGACGCUUCGCUUCCCAAAGCAACUAUGACCAAAAUUAUAAAGGAGAUGUUACCACCAGAUGUGCGUGUUGCAAGAGAUACUCAAGAUCUUUUGAUUGAGUGUUGUGUAGAGUUUAUUAAUCUUAUUUCAUCAGAGUCCAAUGAAGUUUGUAACAGAGAGGAGAAACGAACAAUAGCACCUGAGCAUGUACUCAAGGCUUUAGGGGUUCUUGGGUUUGGAGAGUACAUUGAAGAGGUAUAUGCUGCAUAUGAGCAACACAAGAUUGAGACCAUGGACUCUUUGAAAGGUGGCAAAUGGAGCAAUGGAGCAGAGAUGACCGAGGAAGAAGCAGUAGCUGAGCAGCAGAGAAUGUUUGCUGAGGCACGAGCGAGAAUGAACGGUGGUGCCGUUGCCCCCAAGCAACCAGAUCCUGACCCAAGUUUAGAGAGCUAACUUUUUAGGACUUAUUUUCUUUUACCAUAGGCAAGCUUCGUUGACUCUUCCAUUAGUGGUUCUAAGUUCUAAUCUCAGUAUAUUAUGUACAAAAAAAGCCAUUGGUUAGUGCACUGGCCUAUGUGGAUAUUUGUAACACUUUUAUCUAUGGAUGCUUUCU